UACAGACGGUUAGACAUGGCAGCUUCGCUGAUACCCACCACAUACAAUGAACAGGAUAAUGUCUGGAGUGGAGCUAAACGUGGCUCCAUAUACAACUAUGAUACCUCGGUGGGAAGGAUCAUAUUCAAUACCAUGAAAAAUUGGCCCAACAAUGUGUGCCAGAUCAACGACAUUGAUGGCGUAUCGGUAACUAAUGAGCAAGGAAUUACCUGGGCCAUUCGCAUUGCCCAAUACUUGAAAAAGCGAGGAUUAAAUCACAAGAAUGUAAUCGGUAUUGCUGGCAAGAAUACCACUUAUGUAAUGCCCUUGGGUGUGGCUUGAUC